GGGAGGGUGGCAUUGUCGGAUCCAUGUACUGGGUUUAGGGCAAGUAACAGUAGUGGACCAGCCCCGAGGAGCAAGCUAAGAAGUGCGGUCAUCUUGAACCUUGAAAUCAAUGUAACGAAGAGGACCAGACAGUUAGUGAACUAACGAUAAAACAGUUCAACAUUGAUAAUCCACACCACCAGCUAGCGUAAAACUAUUUGGAGCAUCAUCGUCCUCAUCAUCAUCAUCAUCUGAAGAAGAAGAAUGUAUAUAUGAUGCUCUCCAGUCCUAUGAUCUAGGUCUAGAACCUCAAUAACCGCAAGUGAAUAACUAGCUGGUCCAUCCAGUCCAAUUUGUGGUAUUCGGUCAAACCUUUUUCUCUAUCUAAACAUUCCUCGCUAUAAAGAGCAAAGCAUAAUGUUAUAUACGUGUCUAUGUUGGAUCUCUUUGACUUGUCAGGUGUUUUGUAACUGUUGCACAAUCUCCUAUGGAUUUCUUUAAAGUCAGUAAGUUGUUGUCGUCUGGCUAUUGUAGCUAAGGAACUAAAUACUUUUUGUCUUGGCAUGCUUGGCCAAUUACAUUGAACACCAUAAGGACCAUUGACCGACCUGCCUUAGUCAUGGUCAUUCUCAUAUCGAAAUCAGAUCCAAUUUGAUUGCUCACAUACACAUAUUUAGCAAAUGUUAUUGCGGGUGUAGCGAAAUGCUUGUCCAGCAUGUAUCUGUAGUCUUAACCCGUCUGUGUGGGUGUGUGCGUACUUGCAUGAGGCUGAAUGUCUAGCAAUUGUUCAUGCUGACUCUUGCCGUUUCUCUAUCUAGCAGAUUUUCUUAGGACACUAUGGUUAGGUGACCUCAGAUCACCCUCACUUCAUUCCUCUCUCUGGCCGUCACCUGACUGGUGGUUGCAAUGGCUUUGCAAAAUGGAUACUCCAUCAACUCCUCCCCACUGGACGAGAGUGGAGAGACUACACCCCUACUUAAAAAAGAAGUGCUGGAUGUUGAUGAUUCAGUACCUCCACAAUGUUGCUCUGCACGCUGCAAUCUGGCCAUCUUGAUGUUCUUUGGAUUCUCCGUCGUCUACGGUCUCCGUGUCAAUCUAAGUGUUGCCAUGGUCGCCAUGGUCAAUGGGACCAAAAGCCAACCAUCUCUCAACAGCUCAGGUGGACAUGAGUGCCCAGUUUCCUCCCAUGGCAAUGGCAGCCAAACCCCAGACCAGCCAGAUGGGAUACCUCAGUACUCUUGGGAUUCUCUGACUCAGGGCCUGCUGCUGGGGGCGUUCUUCUUUGGCUACCUGGUGACGCAGAUCCCCGGGGGUUACCUGGCCGGACACUUUGGGGGGAGUAUCUUCCUGGGGGGAGGAGUGCUGGGCACCGCAGCACUCACCCUCCUCACCCCCCUGGCAGCGCAGCUAGGACCCUACUGGCUGUUUGGUUUACGGGCACUGGAGGGAUUUGGGGAGGGGGUGACGUUCCCGGCCAUGAUGGCCAUGUGGGCUCGCUGGGCUCCCCCUCUAGAGAGGUCUCGGCUUAUGACCCUGUCGGGGUCAGGGGCCAACUUUGGGGCCUUUGUAGCCCUGCCCCUCACUGGCUUCAUCUGUCACAGUCUGGGCUGGCCCGCUGUCUUCUACAUGUUUGGUGGUGCUGGUUGCAUUUGGGCAGUGUUCUGGUUCAUUCUGGUGUCGGACCAGCCUGGCACUCAUCCACGAAUCAGCACAAGAGAAAAAGAUUACAUCAUCAACUCCAUAGGAAAAGAGGGUGGUGGCCAUGGCUGGUCAGUGCCUUUGUUACCCAUGAUGCUCUCUGUUCCCCUGUGGGCCAUCAUAGUGUCUCAGAUGUGUGCCAACUGGGGUAAUUGCAUUCUGCUUACAUCACUACCCACCUACAUGGACACGGUGCUUCACUUUAACCUCCGACAGAAUGCCUUUCUCUCAGCUCUGCCCUAUCUGGGUGGCUGGGCCUUCUCAGUGAUAUCAGGUGUAGUAGCAGACAGCCUCCUGGAGAAGGAGCUGUUGAGUGUCACAGCGGUCCGCAAGAUCUUCACUAUCACAGGUCUGCUGCUGCCUGCAGCCUUCCUGGUUGCUGUGGGCUACUCCGGCUGCAGUGGUGUGUUGGCAGUGACCUUCCUCACCCUCUCUUCAACUGUAGGAGGCACCAGUGCAGCCGGGGUCUUCAUCAACCAGAUAGACAUUGCUCCACGGUAUGCGGGGGUGCUUUUAGGAAUCACCAAUACUUUCGGGACUAUCCCAGGUGUGGUCGCGCCAAUUGUUACGGGUUACCUCACCAAAGAUCAAUCCCUGGCGGGAUGGAGGAGUGUGUUCUGUCUAUCGGCCGGGAUCAGCGCCGUAGGAGCUUUCAUCUUCACCUUGUUUGGGUCCGGGGAGGUCCAGAAAUGGGCCCUGGUAGAGGAGGAUCAGGAGCAGGCAGAAACAAAGAGAGACAGGUUAAUCUAAUCCCUACAUGACAGACAGACAAGACCUAAAGCAGGGUUCCCCAACUGAUGGCCCACGGUGGUUUUAUUUUGCCCCCCAUGUUUUCUGAGCAAAAAAUUUAUAAAACAAUAUUAUACUUAUUUUAAAUGUUUUUAUUGUUGGACAUAAAAAAAAUAUAUAAAAACACCAAGAAAUCA